CAGCCAGCGCGGCGCCCAGGUGCUAGCUGCCACGAGCCCGGCGCUCCCUGAGGAACAUGUCCGUGGGCAUUGGUGCAGGCGCCUGCCUUGCCCCGGGCAGCCAGUCGCCACUCUGAGGAUGGGGAGAUAGAAAGCUGUGGCCGCAGGCUGUGCCAGAGCGCCGACGCUGAGCCAGCCCCACACCCUCGUCCCGAUGGAUCGCAGUAGAGAGGCGGAAGUGGAGCUGAGGAGGGGCCCCAGCCCUCCCCGGGCAGGCCGGAGCCGUGACGGGGAUGGGGACAAGGUGGCGUGCCACAGCUGCUGUCUGUGCGGCAAGAGCUUCGCCUUCCAGAGCUCUCUGUCACAGCACAUGCGCAAGCACACAGGCGAGAAGCCCUACAAGUGUCCCUACUGUGACCACAGGGCCUCGCAGAAGGGCAGCCUCAAGGUGCACAUCCGUAGCCAUCGCACAGGCACCCUGGUCCAGGGCCACGAGCCACACGUGGCAGAGGCCCCGGACGGCUGCGCCAGCCCCACGAAGAGUACGUCUGCCUGCAACGGGGUCCUGAACGGGGCGGCGCCCGCAGAUGGCAGAGUCCUGCUGCGCAGCGGCCGGAGGGAGGCCGAGGGGCCCGCUGGUGCUCCUGAGGACACCGGGGCUGUUGUCCAGUGCACCUUCUGCAAGAGCCAGUUUGGGCGGAAGAAGGAGCUGGAGCUGCACGUGCACCAGGCGCACAAGCCCUUCAAGUGCAGGCUGUGUGGCUUUGCCACGUUGCGGGAGGAGUCGCUGCUCAGCCACGUCGAGCGGGACCACAUCACGGCGCAGGUGCCCAAUGGUGCAGCACGUGUCUGUGUGAAUGGCAAGCCUGAGCUGAGCCCUGGCGAGUUUGCCUGUGAGGUGUGCGGCCAGGCCUUCAGCCAGACCUGGUUCCUCAAGGCACACAUGAAGAAACACCGUGGUUCCUUGGACCACGGCUGCCAUGUCUGUGGUCGCCGGUUCAAGGAGCCAUGGUUCCUGAAGAACCACAUGAAGGCGCAUGGCCCCCGGGCAGGCGGCAAGAACCGGCCCCGCAGUGAGCUGGAUGCCGUGGCCACUAUCAACGACGUGGUUCAGGAAGAGGUCAUUGUGGCUGGCCUGUCGCUCUACGAGGUAUGCGCCAAGUGUGGCAACCUGUUUACCAACCUGGACAGCUUGAACGCCCACAAUGCCAUCCACCGGCAGGUUGAGGCCGGACACGCUUGGGCCACUGCUGAGGAGGGCCCGGCCAGCACUAAGCAGCUCUUCCUCCGGUGCCUGUGCCUGAGACCCUCUGCGGCCAGUGAUGUGCUGCCUGGCGGGCAGGCUGGGAGGCGGGUGGCUGAACUGGACCCUGUCAACAGCUACCAGGCCUGGCAACUGGCCACCCGGGGUAGGGUGGCCCAGCCAGCUGAGUACCUCAAGUACGGGGCCUGGGACGAGGCGCUGGCUGGAGACGUGGCCUUUGACAAGGACCGGCGCGAGUACAUCCUGGUGAGCCAGGAGAAGCGCAGGCGAGAGCAGGAUGUGCCGGCUUCCCAGGGUCCCCCCCGGAAGAGGGCUGGCGUGCUGGGAGACCCAGUGCUGCCCGGCCCUCUGGAUCCACGGCCCGUGGUGCGCCCCAGCCGCAGAGCCACGGCCCCCGUGGGCCAGGGCAAGUCCUCCGAGUGCUUCGAGUGUGGGAAGAUCUUUCGCACAUACCACCAGAUGGUACUGCACUCGCGGGUACACCGCCGCGCCCGCCGUGCCCGGGAAGGCGACCAGACUGCUCGCGCCCGCUGCAGUUCCCUCAGUGAGGGUGACUCAGUCUCCCAGCCCAGCAGCCCAGCCUCUGUGUGUGCCACCGCCGACUCCCCAGCCUCCGGCCUGGCUGAUGAGGCUGGUGACGACAGCAGUGAGGAGGCUGCCGCUGAUCACGCGCCAGGGGGACGGCCGCGUGGCUGCUGCUUUGCUGAUGAGGUGGCGUCCUCUCUGCUCUCCAACGGGGACCCGGCUCGCGCCCUCAGAGCCAGCCCGUCCGAGAGAGAGGCUAGCGCGUCCACAGCCCGGAGCACACUGGACAGCCACGGUAGAGAGACGUCCGCGAGGCCUGAGCCGUGCCGGCCUGCUGCCGACUCCGGAAGGUCAGCGACUCACGCUGGUGCCGGCGCUGCCGGGGACCCUGCUCCGGGUGUGGAUGGAGCUGACCCGCCGCUCUCGCCGGAGGGCCGUGCUGGCCACCCUGGGGAAAAGCCUGCGGACAGUCCCCGCGGAGAGCUCCCCGUGGGAGGAAGAAGGGCGCCGGCCGCAGACCUGAUCCCGCUGGACCUGAGUGCCAGGUCGAGCCGGGCCGAUCCCAGCCGGAAGGAGGCGGCCGCGUCCUUGCAGGCCUCGCUCGUCAUUCACCCGUGUCCUUACUGUGACCACAAGACCUACUACCCGGAAGUCCUGUGGGUGCACACACGCGUCUGGCACCGGGUCAGCUGCAGCACCACGGCUCCACAGUGGACCCAGCCCAGCGGCCCCCGCGGGGUGAGGAGCAACCUGGUGUUUCUGGCCCGGAGUGGGCGCACGGGGCCCCCGCCCGCCCUGGGUGGCAAGGAGUGCCAGCCCCUGCUCCUGGCCCGCUUCACCCGCACCCAGGUGCCAGGUGGGGCGCCAGGCUCCAAGGGUGGUAGUUCUGCCCCCCUGGCUGCAGGCGCCAGAGCUGCCAGUUUGCCUAGGGGCAAGGAGGGCGCUGCCAGCAGCCCAUGUGCCUCGUGGACAUCUGGCACUGAUGGCUGCCGACAGCCCAAACCUGGCCAUGACCAAGAGCCGCCCCUGCCGAAAGCCAGGCUAGAGGCCGGCUCCAGAGCUGCGCCUGUCCCGGGCGGUGGCAGCGGGGGCUUUAGCAGAAGCGCCACCCCCACCGUCAUCACCCGAGUGGGCCCCCAACCUCCGGCCAGCAGCAAGCCACUGGAGAAGUCUGGGCCGUCCCCAAGUAAGCACAUGGGCCCUGAUGCCUUGAAAGCCAAAUCCAGCCCUCAAUGUCGGGGCCAGCUGCCCGUGGACACUGAUGGAGGCCCUUCUCUACCUCCCCGGGAGCCGUCUCUCAAGGCUGUCCAGGAGUUGAGGACGCUGGCCAGCUGUGCCCCGGCUUCCCGAGGGGACACGGCCCCGCAGUCCCCGCCUGGAGUGGCCGGGGCGCCCUCCGGCCUGCAUGCCGUCCAGCAGGAGCCGGCUGCCGAGGGCCCCGAGACGCGCCUGGACGCCCUCAAGCUCGUGCAGCCCUACAUUGCAAAGGACUUGGCCACUCUCUGCCAGGGCUGGGGUGCCGGCAGCCCCGGGCCAGAGCACAGAGGGACGCUCCGGUCGCAGCCCCGCCCUGGAGACUUCAUCUGUGCCGAGUGCGGGAAGAGCUUCCUCCAGCCUGGCCACCUCAGGGCCCACAUGCGGGCGCACACAGCUCUCGCAGUAGGUGUGGCUGACACUGGGGGUUCUCACGCCUACACCUGCCCCCCUCCACACCAGCAGAAUCAGAGGUCCUGUGGGGCAUAG